GAUACUGCCUUUAUCAACCGCCCCUCAUGCGAUUCAGACCAUCCAGCUAUGUAUGGCUCUUCCGGUUAAGUAGCUUUACCGGCGAACUGUAUUUGUCAGCGAAUCCCGUCUGCCGCUUCAGACCCGCACUUCAUACCAGUCCUCCUUUACUCUCAGCCCGGAAAUUCACGAUGCAGUCGAAUCGAAAUGUGACUAGCGAAGAGGACUUGGGCAGAGCAGAUGAGCCGGGGUUUUUCAAGAACAUCCCAGCUGUCGCAACAGAAGACACAGAUCCCCCGGCGGAGAAGAAGCGGGUGGGUAGCACGCUUGUUGUUAACGAGAGGAAGUUGAGGACCCCGAGUCCCCUGUUCGGGGCCAACUGUGAUGACGACUCUGAGGCAGAGUCUUUCCGAGAUGGGAGAACGGAGGAAGUGGACCGGGACACCAGGGGCAGGGCGUUUGCGUGGUGCCGAGACUUUCUGUCCGGGUCGUGGAAGAUCAUCAAAGAGGAUGACUUUCAGAUCAGCAUCGUCAGCGGUGGACUGAGUAAUCUGCUGUACCUGUGUAGUUUGCCUGACCAUGUACCCUCUGUGGGAGAGGAACCUCGCCAGGUGCUCCUCAGGGUCUAUGGUGCCAUCUUGCAGGGGGUGGACUCCCUGGUGUUGGAGAGCGUGAUGUUUGCCAUCCUGGCAGAACGAACUCUUGGGCCAAAACUUUAUGGCAUCUUCCCUGAGGGACGCUUAGAACAGUACCUUCCGAAUACCCGCAUGCGCACAGAACAACUUUCAGACAUGGCCAUCUCAGCAGAGAUUGCCACCAAGCUGGCACGUUUCCAUGAAAUGCUUAUGCCCUUUAACAAAGAGCCGAAGUGGCUGUUUGGGACCAUUGACAAAUAUAUGGAUCAAGUGUUGAAGCUUAAUUUUGUACGUGAGGCUCAUGUGAAGAAGUACAAGAAGCUGAUGAAGUUGGACCUACCUGCUGAGCUGGAGAGCCUCCGUGCGUUGCUGGCAGCGACUCCAUCGCCAGUGGUGUUCUGCCACAAUGACGUCCAGGAAGGCAACAUUCUGAUGCUGGAAGACCAGGACCAGACCUCAACAGACAGACUCAUGCUGAUAGACUUUGAGUACAGCAGUUACAAUUACAGGGGGUUUGACUUUGGGAACCAUUUCUGUGAGUGGAUGUAUGAUUACACCUAUAACCAGUGGCCCUUCUUCAAAGCCGUGCCAGAGAACUAUCCCACCAGAGAGCAGCAGCUUCAUUUUAUCAGAAAUUAUUUGGCAGAGCAGAGGAGAUACUCUGACACUACCAUGGACCAGACACAGAUUGAAGAGGACAUGAUCCUUGAAGCUAACAGAUAUGCACUGGCGUCGCACUUCCUCUGGGGGCUGUGGUCCAUCAUUCAAGCAAAGAUCUCCAAGAUUGAGUUUGGAUACAUGGACUACUCCCAGUGUCGUUUUGAUGCCUACUUCAAGCAAAAAAAGCUCUUCUCCUGAUUUCCCACCAUCUUAAUCAGAAUGUAGUGUCUCAUUUAUCUGUCCUCAUCAUUCUUCAGGCUCAACUCCAGUCCUAUGCAGCUCCGCUUAUGACGAGCAAUGUAGGGUGGAAGGUAGACAUUUACGUUUGAACACAGUGCACAAGCACAAUCUAAGCCUGCUGGCAGUCCAUUUUAUUGAAGCACCUAUCCUCAUAGUGUGUGUGUUGUUAGAGCAGGUGCAGCUCUAUAGUACUUAAUGUUGUUUAAGGCUCUCUGGCAACCAUCAUUUGUUAUACCCUGUGCUGGUUGCCAGAGAAUUACAGGCUUUUCAUUUCAGACAGUAAAUCUUACUGUAAUAAUCAUUUUGGUUACUAAACCAAUAGUAUUAUUAGUUAAUGGAAGACUUUUAAGAAACCUCUUUGUUUUAGUGUUUUUGGUCAUUCUACCUCACUUCUUUCCUCUGAUGUUCAUUCUGCAUCAUGGUGUAUAGAUUCCAUAAGGUCUGAUUGUGACAGCAUGUGAAAAUAUUCCCCCCUGGUUGUUCUUUAAAGGUCCAAAAAAGUUACGUUUAAAACGUACCUACAUUCAGCAAACUACACGAGGGCUAUUUUAUACAGGAUUUCUGUAGUUAACAAAUGUGUUCAUUUAACACAGUUCCAAAGCAUGAGGCGUGUAAGUUGGUAAUGUUGGAUUUUGUGACCGCUUUUGAUAUCAGUUACUAACUGUACAUUUCUGCUGCACCUUGAACUGCCUGCCUUUAUUUAAGUCAUCUUAUACUACCUUUUGUCAUCCACAUGUCAGUCAGAUUUUUCAGUUUUUUCUUUUUUCGUUUUGUCCAAGAAUCUUUCCAAGUUGGGAAGCUUGGAAUAUCUUAACGUCUGUCAUUCUUCAUUCAUAGCUAAAAUGUCCAUUUGGCACGUACUUUAUGCAACCACAUCAACUUGAAAUGCCUAGAUUAGAUCCAAAAAUAAUUGAAAUCUGCGUUAGAAUAAAGUCACAUGUUGUCUUUCCCUUAAGCUUUUGUGAAUAUCAAGUUGACUUUUGACAUUUUCUGGAAGCUUUUUUAUUGCCUUUCUUUAAAUUCCUUCUUUUAUUUAUUUGGAUUGACUCCUUGAUUGGACACAAUGCACUGCCAUCAGUUAACAUUUAAUGCAUCAGUUUACUCAUAUGAAGAAACUAGACACUUAACUGUGCCUCAUUCACUACCUAUAGCUGUUUUUUAGAGCAUCGUUGUCCCAGCACAGUUUUUUAUGGUAAAACUUCCCCAUAUCAUGUUGGUCCUAUUUGCACUGAAUAUAUAAUUCAAAAGCUAAUAAACAUAU